GAGGUCAGUAUGAUGUUGCUGGCUGGCCGCGCGGUGCGCCUUGCCGACAUUCGGCCGGUAGCCGCGCGUGCCCUCGCCUCACUGGCACCGACGCCGCCGUCGGCGCCGACCGGCUUGCCCGAGCAGCCGGUGACCGUGCGCCAGGCGCGCUUUUCCGGCGGCCAACCAGCCGCCCGGGCCCCAUGUGGCAGCAUGGCCCCGGUUAAUGUCAAUGACCUGCCCGGUCGCCGGGCUCUGCUCCGGCCGGACGAAUGGUCGGCCAGGUCGAUGCGCACCCUACGGCGCUUGCUGCUGCCCGAGGCAUAUCCCCAAGGCCUGGCUCCCUUCUAUUGGGAGUUUAGUAGCUGGCAGUUUGGCCACACAGUUGCCAGUGCCGCCACGGGCGUGCUCUCGAUGCAGGCACUUCUCUUUGCCAUGGGCCUGACCGGCAGCACGAAUGCCAUCGACAUCCCACAGGACGCGGUCUUGCCAUUGGCGGCCACGCUGAAUUGGAUCCUCAAAGAUGGCCUUGGCCAGCUGGGGGGCGUUAUCUACGCCGCGGUGUCGGCCCGAUCGUUCGACUCGGAACCCAAGCGCCAGCGCUUCGCCUCCGGAGGCGUGUGGCUCCCGGCGGCCACGCUGCUGGAGUGCACUGCGCCAUUGGCGGCGCCGGUGGGGCUCUUCGUUCCGCUGGCCGCCCUGGCCGGGGCCAUGAAGAAUGUCUCCUGGAUCGCCACGAGUGCCGCGCGGGCACAGCUCCACCGGACAAUGACCGCCACGCGCCGGACUGCCCUGCCAGGCAGCCACACUUCCGGGGGCGAGGGAACGGCCGAUGGGGUGGCCCAAAACCUGGGCGAUGUAACCGCCAAGGCCGGGGCGCAGACGACAUCGGCGGCCACCAUUGGCACAGGUGUCGGGGUCGGGGCCGGUGCCAUUGUCCAGUGGCUGGCUUCCUCCUUCGAGACCACCUUUGCCCUGUCUACUGGGCAGGCGGUGUCGGCCGCGACGCUGGCCGUCUGUGCGCCGCUGCUGGUGCUCAGCACAUAUGCCCUCUUCCGGUCCAAUGCGUGUGUGGUGUUGGACAACCUGGAUGAGCAGCGCUUCCGCCUGGCCAUCGGCACCGGGCCGGCCAACUACCGCGCAUCCAACCCCGGGCCCCGAGGACAAGGCCUCGAGUGGCUGGUGGCCCCGGUCCCGACGGUCCUCGGCCCGGCGGCCGUGGCCCGACUUGAGCGCUUUGUCCGGCCAGGGCACCUGGCCGACCGUCUUGCCGCCAGGGUGGACGUCAAUCCCGAUGUCAAUCAGUGGUUCGAUGAUCAGGCUGACCCGGCAGACGCCUGGGCCCGGUGCUUCGGAUCGGGCCAGGCCCCCUGCGAUCGGCGGUACUUCUUGCAUCUCCGGAGCCGGCCGCCGGCAUUUGGCCGCGGCCGAGUGGGCCUGUGGCUGGAUGCGGCGGCCGGCCCGGCGGAUGUCUUCCGCGGCUACUUGCAUGCGAGCCUCCUCGCCAAGGCGCUCGACUCGGCCGGCCCCAGCCCCACGGACGGGGGGGCCAAGCUGAUUGCCGAGACCGCGGCCGUCCUGCCCCGGUGGCAGGCAGCCUUCCUGGCAGCCGGCUGGCGGCCGCCCAGCGAAGGCGCCGCCGCACAUCUGGAGACUGACCCGACUCGCCGGGUGCAUAUUAAUCGGUAGAUUGCGCGUGUGCCUCCCCUGUGGGGGGAUCCCCCUCCGGCCGUCUUGUGCUCCCGCGAGGCCGGGCGGGAGACUGGUGGCGGUCCCCGUCUGUGCGCAAUGAACCGGGGGCACUCGCCCCGAAACGGUGGGCGAAGAGAAUAAAUAACAGAACCACA